GGAGCCGGAGCGCGAGCCAAACAGCUGAUCUGAUUUCCCUUUAAAGCGAGAGAAAAUGGAAGUCGGGUAGCGGCGACUGCGGCGCUGAGGCUGGCGGAGCGGAGCGGCGCGGCGCGGCGCGGCGCGGCAGAGUUCUCAAGGGUUGUGGUCUCACACCAUCUACUGGGGCAAAUAUGGGCCAUUUCCAGCAGGGACAGUGCAGCAUUGCCCUGGAUGCCUGACUGCCACACACGUCCAUAGAACCACAGUGUCUGCAAAGUGGAAGUGACAAAAGAAGAAGCCUCCCAGUCAAGGCUCCAGUACACAGAGAGAAGGAAGAAGGCGAUCUCCUAAUUGGUACCAUAUAUAUCAGAUGGAUGGUUUCUAGCCUGCUUCCAAACCCCACCUCAGCUGAGUGUUGGGCAGCCCUUCUACAUGAUCCUAUGACUCUUGAUAUGGACGCAGUCCUGUCAGACUUUGUUCGGUCCACAGGGGCAGAACCUGGUCUGGCCAGAGACCUGCUGGAAGGCAAAAACUGGGACCUGACAGCCGCUCUGAGUGACUAUGAGCAGCUCCGACAAGUGCACACAGCCAACCUGCCACAUGUGUUCAAUGAGGGCAGGUGCUCCAAGCAGCCAGAGCGAGAGCCACCCCAACCCGGACACAAGGUGGAGCGGCCCUGCCUGCAGAGACAAGACGACAUUGCCCAAGAAAAGCGACUUUCCCGGGGGAUUUCCCACGCCAGCUCUGCUAUCGUCUCUCUGGCCCGGUCCCACGUGGCGAGUGAGUGCAACAAUGAGCAGUUCCCCCUGGAAAUGCCCAUCUACACAUUCCAGUUGCCAGAUCUGAGCGUGUACAGCGAAGACUUCAGGAGCUUCAUUGAACGGGACUUGAUCGAGCAGGCGACCAUGGUGGCUUUGGAGCAAGCAGGUCGCCUGAACUGGUGGUCCACUGUGUGCACGAGCUGUAAACGGCUUCUUCCUUUGGCCACUACAGGGGAUGGGAACUGCCUUUUACACGCAGCCUCACUGGGAAUGUGGGGGUUUCACGACCGGGACCUGGUUUUGCGGAAAGCUCUCUACACCAUGAUGAGGACAGGGGCUGAAAGGGAAGCCCUAAAGCGGAGGUGGAGGUGGCAACAGACGCAGCAGAACAAGGAGUCAGGGCUGGUGUACACUGAAGAGGAAUGGGAGCGGGAGUGGACGGAGCUGCUGAAAUUGGCAUCCAGCGAGCCACGCACGCACUUCAGCAAGAAUGGUGGCACAGGCGGGGGUGUGGAUAACUCUGAGGACCCCGUGUACGAGAGUCUAGAGGAGUUCCAUGUGUUUGUUCUCGCCCAUAUAUUAAGAAGACCAAUAGUUGUCGUAGCAGAUACAAUGUUGAGGGACUCAGGUGGAGAAGCAUUUGCUCCAAUCCCAUUUGGAGGAAUUUACCUGCCCUUGGAGGUGCCUCCCAACAGAUGCCACUGCUCACCUCUGGUUCUUGCCUACGAUCAAGCACAUUUCUCUGCCCUUGUGUCCAUGGAGCAGAGAGAUCAGCAAAGAGAACAAGCCGUGAUCCCCCUGACCGACUCGGAGCACAAGCUGCUGCCCCUGCACUUUGCGGUGGACCCCGGGAAGGACUGGGAAUGGGGCAAAGACGACAACGAUAACGCCCGGCUGGCCCACCUGAUACUGUCUCUUGAAGCCAAGCUGAACCUUCUGCACAGCUACAUGAAUGUGACGUGGAUCCGGAUCCCCUCCGAGACCCGGGCCCCUCUGGCUCAGCCGGAAUCCCCAACAGCCUCCGUGGGGGAGGACGUGCAGUCUCUGGCCGACUCCCUGGACUCGGACCGGGACUCGGUGUGCAGCAAUUCCAACAGCAAUAAUGGCAAGAACGGCAAGGACAAGGACAAGGAGAAGCAGCGCAAGGAGAAGGACAAGACCCGCGCGGACUCCGUGGCCAACAAGCUGGGCAGCUUCAGCAAGACGCUGGGCAUCAAGCUAAAGAAAAACAUGGGCGGCCUGGGCGGCCUGGUGCACGGCAAGAUGGGCCGCGCUAACUCGGCCAACGGCAAGAACGGCGACGCGCCCGAGCGCGGCAAGGAGAAGAAGUCCAAGUCGCGCAAGGGGAGCAAGGAGGAGUCGGGAGCGUCGGCGAGCACGUCGCCGUCGGAGAAGACCACGCCGUCGCCCACGGACAAGGCAGCCUGGGCGUCGCCGGCCGACAAGGGCGGCGGGCCGCGGGGCGACGCCUGGAAGUACAGCACGGACGUGAAGCUGAGCCUCAACAUCCUGCGCGCCGCCAUGCAGGGCGAGCGCAAGUUCAUCUUCGCCGGCCUGCUGCUCACCAGCCACCGGCACCAGUUCCACGAGGAGAUGAUCGGCUACUACCUGACCAGCGCGCAGGAGCGCUUCAGCGCCGAGCAGGAGCAGCGCCGCCGCGACGCCGCCGCCGCCAACGCCGCCGCCAACGCCGCCGCCAACGCCGCCGCCAACGCCGCCGCCUCCACGGCCAAGCGGCCGCCGCGCAGACCCGAGGCCGAGGGCGCGCCGGGCCCCGAGCGCGCGUCUCCGGGGCCGCCCGCCGGGCCGCCCACGCAGCUGGUGCUCAAGCUCAAGGAGCGCCCGAGCCCCGGGCCGGCGGCGGGCGCGCGGGCGGCGCGGGCGGCGGCGGCGGGCGGCGCGGCCUCCCCGGGCCCCGGCGGGGGCGCGCGGCGCGCGGGAGCCGGCGGACCGCCCCCCGGCCGCAGCCCGCCGGCGCCGGCGCGCCAGAGCGUCAUCCACGUGCAGGCGGCGGGCGCGCGGGACGAGGCGUGCGCCCCGGCGGUGGGCGCGCUGCGGCCGUGCGCCACGUACCCGCAGCAGAACCGCUCGCUGUCGUCGCAGAGCUACAGCCCCGCGCGCGCCGCCGCCCUGCGCACCGUCAACACGGUGGAGUCGCUGGCGCGCGCGGGGCCCGGCGCCCUGCCGGGGGCGGCGGGGGCGGCGGGGGGCGGGGCCGGCGCCGCCGAGCACAAGUCGCAGACCUACAGCAACGGCUUCGGCGCGGCGCGCGACGCCCUGGAGUUCGCCGACGCCGACGCCCAUGCCCACGCCCACGCCCACGCCCACGCCCCGGCCGCGCGCUCGAACGGUGAGUGCGGCCGCGGCGGCCCGGGGCCGGCGCAGCGGCGCUGCCUGCGCGACAACUGCGCGUUCUACGGGCGCGCCGAGACCGAGCACUACUGCUCCUACUGCUACCGCGAGGAGCUGCGGCGGCGGCGCGAGUCGCGCGGGGCCCGGCCCUGAGGGCGGCGCGCGCGCCGGCUUUUUCCAUCGAGGAUUCCUUUUCCAUUCUGUCGGUGUCUUUUUUACGUGCCCUGGUCAACCGGAAGGCCGGCGACCCCUCGGUCAGUGCCGUGUGCGUGUUUGGUCAAACGUCCCUCAUGGUGCCUGAACCUACACUGACGCCACUCAGGUAGUAGACGGAUAGGAAACAAGUCAUACUGUCGGAAGUGGGUGUGCUAGCUAGCAUCUGCCUCGUACCUGUGGAAACUCUAUAGCCAUUGCAAGAGUAUUUUUGUUCCUCGAUAAGAGAAAUAAAGAAAUUUGCAGCCCUUUGUUUUUAGAAGGGAGUGU